AUGAACUCCAAGAUCGUCUUGUUCGUAGCCCUUAUGGUCUGCCUGACUUCUGCCCUUAUAUUCCCUCGGGAUCAGGCAAAAAGAGAGGUUAAGAGACACGAAGGAGAAGAAGCUGAAGAUUUUUUUGAGAGUAGCAUGCUUAUAAAGCGCUAUUUCCGCGAUGUUCAAAAGCGCUCCUCAAUGAAUUUUGAAAAUAGAUGGGUUUUGAGAUCCGCUCUGAACUUCGCAAGUGAUGGAGAAGUAGUCAGAGAAGUAGCCAGUGCAAGAGAACAAGAUAUGGAGAUAUAUGAGAAAAGAAAGGGGCACGAGCAACUAGACGAGCAGCAGAGUUAA